AUGGCUGAAGAGGAGAAGGCGGCGACGGCGGAGGGGGACGAGAAGGAGGACGUGAGCGACGCCGACGACUCGCCCCUCCCGGCGUUGAGGCGUCGCGCGGCGGCGAGCGACGACGACGAGGAGGAGGACGAGGGCGGCGGCGGCGGAGGCGAGGGGAGUGGUUCCUCGCCGCCGUCGAGGGUGGUCGGGUCCGAUUCCGAUUCCGACUCCGACGAGCUGGGCGCGGCCGAGGUGUACGGCGAAGACGAGGGUUCUGAGGAAUGCGAGGAGGUUCGCAAGGAGUUCGACGCAGGAUCUGGGGGUGGUGGAGAGGCCGAGGAAGUGGCGCCGGAUGAGGUGGCUGCGGCGCCGGAGGACGAGGGGAGGUACGAGGAGGAGGAGGCCCAGGCUGAGACUGGAGCCGAACUGAAAGAAGAUGACAAGGAGAAUAAGGGGUUCGAGCCCGACGCCGUGCCGAGAACAGGUGCCUUCUACAUGCACGAUGAUCGCUUCCAGAACAAGGAAAACCGCGGCCGCGGGCGCCAGAGGGACUUUUUCGGUGGCCAAAAGUUAUGGAAUUUUAAAGAUGAUAGCGUAUGGCUGCAUGAUCGGUUUGAUGAGAUCAAUACCCAUGGUGUUCAGCAUGACAGUACAAGGAGGCCAAGAAGUCCUUUUAGAGCAUGGGCUGGUGGUAGAACUCAUGACGUUAACCAUGAUCGGUUUGAUGAGAUCAAUACCCGUUAUGUUAAACAUGACAGUACAAGGAGGCCAAGAAGUCCUUUUAGAGCAUGGGCUGGUGGUAGAACUCAUGACGUUAACCACGAUCAGUCUGAUGAGAUCAAUACCCGUUAUGUUCAACAUGACAGUAUAAGGAGGCCAAGAAGUCCUUUUAGAGCAUGGGCUGGUGGUAGAACUCAUGACAUUAACCAUGGUUCUCUAGAAAGAACCAAAUCCGCAUCCUAUUAUCAUGAUUACAGAGCAGACUACAAGUAUGGGAGUACCAACAACUACAAUAGAUUCCCAAAAGAGGCCAACAUUUCCUAUUACAGCGCCAAGAACUACAGAAGUGUUCCAGGAAAAUCCCAUUCGUACUAUGAUGAGCAGAACUUUUAUAAUGCUCGGACAGAAUCUCGAAUCUGUUAUGUGAAUGCUAAAGGUUACAACAAUGCACCAAAUGUUAACAGAGGGAAACCAUCAAGGCCCUACCAACCUACCUGGAAGAAUACUUUGCAAACCUCUUCAGUGCAAAACAAUAGGACAUAUUCCAGAUCACAGAAUGAGGAGGGCUGUUCUGAUAUAGGUGUGGGAAAGAACUCACAUCGAACUUUAAGUUUGCAGAAUGAACAAGAGUUUUCGUCGAAGCAAGAACCCCCCUUUGUAGAAAGAAGGAAAGCACGACCUGACAUUUUAAGUAAGCUCUUCUCAUCCUCCGUUCGAAUGGCACAUAGUUCUCUGAAACCUCAAUCUCGUCCCAGUUUUGGACUGAAGGCGUUUGCUCCUUCUGGUGAGCAUGGAAAUACUGCUGGUUCUCUUAGUAUGGUAAAAGGCAUGCCUAACCUUGGUUCUCAUUCAACUGUAUCAACAUCAAAUAGCCAAUAUUCAGAAUCCAGGGAUCAAGGAAGUGGUUUGAACAUUGGUGUCCCCACAAAGAACAAACUUUCUGCUCAGAUAUUCCAUCAAAACAUUGCCAGUGCCAGCAAAAUUCAGUCUCAUCCACAAAAUACACUGAUAAGUUCAACUGAAGAUGCAGAGACCAGUCCCCCUCCUGGGUCAAACAAUUCUUUAGCACCGUCUGUUAUAAUAGUGCAAAAUGAUAAGGUAGAAGCAGUGAGUGGCUCUUUCCCUUGUGGUGGUGGUCAUGCUCUUGAUGUUACGGGAGCAAAGGACCUUACUCUUGGCACUCCAGCAGUAUUGCCAGUUAUGAAGUUUGGUGAGCAGCAUCCUAGGGGACCUGAUAUCCCAUGCACUGGUAUGGCUUUCCCAGGACUUUUGGCUCAUCAACCCAGUGACAAUUCUGAGCUUAAUCAAAUUACUUGGCUGCAAACAUUGUCUGGUGCUACUGGGGUUCUUGGGGCAACACAUGAUCCUUCUUAUAUUGGCAGUCAUUAUCCCCAACUAUCAGUAUUCCCAAGACACCAUUGUGUUACUGAAGUUCCUGUUUUGUUGAACUCCCCUGAAAUACCAGGUCAUGAGCUUGGCCAGCGCAAGAACAAAGUUCUCAGAUACUCAGAGAUGAACUUCGCUUCAUGA